CCCGAAUUUAACCCUCCCUCUUUUUUUUUUCCCUGGACCACUUUUUUUUUCAUUUUCCUCUCUUCCUCCUCUUCUCAAUUUCCUCAAUUUUCUUCUACUGUUUACUUCAAAAUUCCAGGCUGGGGGAAAAGGCGAGUGCUCCGUCUCCGUCUCCGUCUCUCCUUCAAUGCUAGGAGACACCGCUACUGUUUCCUCCUCCGUUAAUCCUGGCGGUGGCGGUGGCGGUGCCGCCACUAAUUCUCAUCACCACCACCAACAACACCAGCACAACCUCCACCAGCAGCAGCAAAAUCAAUCGCAUCACAGUCCGAAUCCCGCCGCAAUUGGCGGCGGCGGACUGUUUCAAGAAGGAAUCAGUACUUCCGAAGCUGGAGGCGGUGGAGCGGGACAUGUCGGUUCGAGUUCCGGCGGCGAGGAAGAUCGGCUCGGCGGCGGUGGAAGCGGUAGCUUCGGCGGGAACCGAUGGCCGCGGCAGGAGACUGUGGCGCUGCUCAAAAUUCGAACGGAUAUGGACGCCACCUUCCGCGAUGCCAGUGUGAAAGGGCCUCUCUGGGAUGAAGUCUCCAGGAAGUUGGCCGAGCUUGGAUAUCAUCGAAGCGCCAAGAAAUGCAAAGAGAAGUUCGAGAAUGUGUACAAGUACCACAAGCGCACCAAGGAUGUCCGUACGAGCAAACAGGAAGGUAAAAAUUAUCGCUUCUUCGAGCAAUUAGCGGCCUUCGAAUCCCAGCCUCCCGCCGGAGCCACUCCCACUCCUCCUCCGCCGCAUCCACAACCGUCGCAGCCGGCCGCAACGACAAUGCCAGCCUUCAAUCCACCUCCUCCACCGCAGGCUCAGCCCGCGGCCUUCGUCACCAUGGCUCAUCACAUUACAACUGUUCCAUCGACAACUGUUCCUCCGCCGGUGGUUGCGCCACCAAUUACGAUCACAGCUCCUUCCUAUCCGCCGGCUCCACAACCGACGAUCCAGCCUCUCUAUCCUCCUUCUUUCUCCGCCUUUUCAACAGAUCUGAUGUCGAAUUCGCCCUCCUCUUCGUCCUCGACAUCGUCCGACGUGGAGCUCCACCCCGGCGGCCGGCACAAGCGGAAGUGGAAGGACUUCUUCGAGCGGCUGAUGACGGAAGUGGUCCACAAGCAGGAAGAGAUGCAGCGGAAGUUUCUAGAAGCCAUCGAGAAGCGCGAGCACGAACGAAUGGCGCGUGAGGAGUCGUGGCGAAUGCAAGAAAUGGCCCGGAUAAAUCGGGAGCGCGAGAUCCUUGCUCAGGAGCGAUCCAUCGCCGCCGCCAAAGAUGCCGCCGUGAUGUCGUUCCUCCAGAAGCUCUCCGACCAGCAGAACCCCGGCGCUCCACCAGUUCACCUCCCCAAUCAAGCCGUCCAAAUCGCUCCCAUUCCUCCACCACCGUCGCACCAACCUCCUCCGCAACCACCACCGGCGCCGUCUGUAGUCGCAGCUCCGCCGCAGCCAACACCGCAAUCAACGCCGAAUAAAGUACAAUCAGCCCCACCACCAGCAGCGGCGACUCCGACGCCAGUACAGCAACCUCAAUUAAAACAUCCGGUAAGUCAAAGUCAAAGUCAAAAUCAAUCGGAGAUGGUGAGAGCGGACAAUGUGGAUCAGAACUUCCUGCCGGCGAGCUCGUCGCGGUGGCCGAAGGUGGAAGUGGAAGCGCUGAUCUCGCUGAGAAGGAACCUGGACUCCAAGUACCAGGAGAAUGGGCCUAAAGGCCCACUGUGGGAGGAGAUCUCGGCCGGGAUGAAGAGACUGGGCUACAACCGGAACCCGAAGCGGUGCAAAGAGAAGUGGGAAAACAUCAACAAGUACUUCAAGAAGGUGAAGGAGAGCAACAAGAAGCGUCCCGAGGAUUCCAAGACCUGUCCGUACUUCCACCAGCUGGACGCACUUUACAGGGAGAAGCAGAAUCUGGAAGGCGGUGGCUCCUCGUCCGCCGCCGGCGGCGGCGGAGGCGGCGGUCAGUUCAAUUCGGUGCCUCUCAUGGUCCAGCCGGAGCAGCAGUGGCCGCCUCAGGCGCUUCCACCUCCUCCGGUGCCUCCGCCGCAGCAGCAGCAGCAGAAGGAUACGGUGAUGGAGGAAGCGGAGAGCGAGGAUCACGGUGACGACGAGGAUGAAGAUGAUUAUGAUGAUGAGGAGGAUGAUGACGUGGCAGGCGAGUACGAACUUGUCUCGAACAAGCCGCAUUCAAUGAACCCCGGCGGCUGAGGAUUAAAGAGAAGAGAUUGUGCUUUGAUGAAUGGAGCAGUGACUCUCCGCCGGACUCGGCCGCGAGUUGCGGCGGGCCUGGCGGUGGAGGAAGGGAGCAAAUCGGCAUGCGAGAAACUCGGAAGAACUGAGAGCUGAGCUGGGCGUCGAGGGAGGGGAGGAAGCACAUAUAGCUUUUGGGUUUUUUUUUUCGAAAUUUUAUGUUUAAUUAAAUGUUUUGGAUUUCUAUUUUUUUCUGUUGUUAUAAUUUAUUUAUUUUUUUCCCAGAUAAAUAAGAGAGGGAGAGAGCACAGAAUUAAGAGGUGAGGUCCCAGAAAAAAAUGAAAGACUGUACUGUGAUGAAUAAGGGAGGAAAAGAGAGAGAAAAUGGGGAGGGUAAGUGG